CGGACACCGCUAUACCGGGCCUCUGCCAAUGGGCACGCCGAGAUCGUCCAGCUACUACUUGAGCGUAGCGCCGAUAUUAAGGCAGCGGAUUCUGACGGACAGACGCCGCUGCACCGGGCCUCUUCUAACGGGCACGCCGAUUCAGGCUCGGCAAAAAUACCUGAGGCAUCGAUACCGGUAUCGAUAGUAUUAGGUAUUUUUCAGGUAUUGUAA